GAAACAAUCGAAAUCAGGUGCUUAGAUUGACGUGCUAAUUUUACAUUUCCCUUUCCAAAAAUGGACAUUUCGAAUGUCAAAGCUGAGAUGGCUUCCAUGUCCGAGCAGGUGUGCGAGGAUGCGGACUAUUGGCAAACGGGCAUUAAGAAUGGCCAGGAGGCCAUGAAGCUUAUCAACACUAUAUACCGCCGGAUCUUUGCCACCGAGGAUCUUCUGAAUAAUGCGGACUCAAGGAAGGGUCUCCAGUCCACUGAGAAGCGUAUCAAUAAUUUAUAUCUACGCCUCCAGCGUCCUCUGGCCACGAUGACAAAAAUUUUAGAAUCGCUGACCGAGGUUAGGGACAACACUGCCCGGAUGCUGAACAGACUGACGCUUUGGAUGGAAGACGAAAUAGUGGCGGCACACAGGAUCCACCCCAACUUAAAGAGUUCCCAACUCCUGGCGACGCUACAGUUGCUAAGGCAACGAUACGAUGCAGAGUGGGAGGUCAAGGAGAUGGUUGUCAAUGACUUGGAGCACAUAAACAACUCCUACGAGCUGGACAUUUUGGUAGAUGGUUGGGACAUAUGCAAGCAUGCGGGAGGUCUGGAGUUCGCCAAGUCGUUGCGCAAUCAUUAUAAGGUCGUUGGACGCACGCAACCUUCGUUCACCAAAAAAUUCCAUUACAUUUAAAAGCACCAUAGCGGAAAACAUACCAACGCCACUACUUAUAAGAAAAGCACGUUAAGUUUUGAA